AUGGCUAAAGAUACAAGUUCACAAGAGUAUCUUAAUUUAAAAACUGAAUUACGUUCAUUAUUAAUUAGUUCACAACAAGGUUGUGAUGAAUAUCAGUUAAUGAGGGAUUAUAAUGCAUAUAAUGGACGAAAAAUUCCCUUUCAUGAAAUGGGUUAUGGAAAUUUAAUUGAGUUAUUAACAUCAAUGCCUGAUGUUGCACGUAUGGAUCAAACAAGAAGACCCAUAAUAAUUCAUGGUAUUGCUGAUCAAAGUACAGUUCAUAUUAAAAAAUUUGUUAUGGCUCAAAAAAGAAAAAAACCUUCACGAAAUGGACGUGGUGGUAUGAAUAGAAGUAAUUUUAACAAUCGAAUAACUGGACCAUUAAUGAGUUCAAGAAAUCGACAGGGAUAUAGUAAUGGCAUUCCAUUUCAACCAUACAGUCAAAUCAAAAGUACCCAGAGAAAUUGUUGGGAUACAAAUAAUACUCAAAAUUUGUCCAUACCUCAACAUAGCACUAAAAUAUCUUAUUCUUCAUUAUCUGUGAUAAAUAAUUCCGUCCAAAAUCAAAAUUUUUCAAAUGGAACUGGUGAAUCAUUCACUAAAAUGACAACAACUAAAAUAGUUGCAUCAUUUCCACCGAAACCUAGUCCAACAUCAUCACCAAUAUCAAUAUUAAAUUCAAUAUCAGGAUCUAUUCGAGCAACACCAACAAUAGAUGAUAAUUUAUCAACCAUAGAUGAUGAUAUAAACGUUUCAGAAGAUGAUGAAUUAGCUGCUUAUGAUGCACAACAAGCCGAAGAACAUGGAGAGACAAUAGUUUUUCUUCGAAAACGUAUACGACAGUUGUUACUUAAAUAUCCAUCAGGUGUAUGGCUUUCAAGUGUUCAUAAACUUUAUCAGAAAACUUUCAAUGAAACCUUAAAUCUUGAGGACUUUAAAUUAAAAAAUUUAAUGGCGUUUUUUGAUUGUGUAUCUGAUUUUGUUAAUUCUGAACGUGAUCGAUUACCUGAUUCAACUGAUCGACUUUUCUUACUUAAAUCGAAAUUUAUUGAGGCAACUAAACGAGAACAACAAACAUUUGAUCAAAUGAAAUCAACUAUUGUCAAUAAUAAUUCGAAUACAAUGAGUACAAAUCAAAAUUCAUUUAGACAUAUAACAAAUGGAAUAAAUCGACCAUUAGUUGAUUUAUCAUCAUUUGUUUCAUUUGAUUUUCAAUAUGAACAAAUGAAAUAUAAUUCAAAUGAAUCAUUCGAUGGAUUUUUAGGUGAUAUAGAAAAUCCAUGGAAUAUUCAUAUUGGAAAUAAACAAUUUAUACCAAAACGUGAUCAUAUGAUGACUCAAUUACAAGAUCAUUAUAAUCAAAUAUCAAAUGAAUCAAUAUAUGUAAUCCCAUUUGAACAAAUACAAAUAAAUUUAUCUUGUGUUUAUUAUCAUGACAAUGAUACAUAUUAUCGUUCAUCAAUAAUACGAAUAGAUUCAAUGAUUAAUACUGAUAUAUUAAUAUUAAAAAUUUAUCUUGUUGAUUAUGGUAUAAUGAUCUCUGAUAUACAUUAUCAUAUAAAUUCAACAAAUUUUAAAUUUCUUCAUAAAAAUUUUUCAUUAUUACCAACAGAAAUUUAUGAUUGUCGUUUAGCUAAUAUUCAUUAUCCACAUACAUCUAUUCAAUGGCAUGAUGAUGCACGUCAAUUUAUUUAUGAUUUUAUUCAUGGAAUAGAUUUUUCUGUUCAAAUAAUAGGUUUUAUGGAUCUAUUUUAUUGUAUUUAUUUAUGGAUUGAACAAAAAUCAAUAAAUCAAUUACUUAUUCAACAUGGUUUUGCUAUUGAAUUUGAUGAUUCAAAUUAUUCAAAUUUUCAACCAAUUUCAUCAAAUUUACAAGCAAUACCAAGAAUUCAAUCAAAUAUAAAUAAUAAUUAUAUUGAUGAACGAUUAUUAUUAAGACAACAAGAUAAUAAUAUUGAAUUUAAUAUUGAAGAAAAUAAUUUAAAACAUUUUAUUAUUUCAAUUGAUCAUGCAUAUUAUUUUGUUAAACAUCCAUUUACAAAACGACCUUGUUUACCAUGUUUUGAAGUAGCUCGAUUAUUGAAUAAAGAUGAAACAUUUGUUUCACAAUUGAAUCUUAUUCGAGAAACAGAAGUUUCUCUAUCAGAAACACAUAGAAUAUUAUUUAAUGAUUUACGUUGUUUAUCAGAAUCAAUUAAAUGUCCACAUAUUCAUCGUAAUGAUGAUAAAGCUACAAUUAAACUUUAUGAUCUUAGUUCAAUAAAAGAUUAUUUAUGUAAAAUUAAAUUUACAGAAGGUGAUAUUAUUGAUGCAUUUACUCAAGAAUAUGAUAAUUAUGAAAGAGCUGGAUAUUGGAAUGAAAAGAAGAACCAGUAUAUAAACAAUGAUAAUCUUCAAACUCAUCAAGAAGAUUUAUAUCAACGAAAGAAUAUGUUAAAUUUUCGAAAAGAACAAUUGGUUUCAUUAUCUAAAUCUUAUCAUGAUUAUUCAUCUCAAAAUGAAAUACAAGAUAUUGAACAAAAAUUAAAAACUACAAAUGAAAAAUUAUAUUCUAUGGAAAAAAUAUUUCCUUCAACAAUAAAUAAUCAUUUAAUAUAUCAAACAUCACCAUUAUUAUCAUCAAAAAUAGAAAUAAAAUCAUCAAAUAAAAAAAUGCGUGAAACACUUUAUCGUAUAGCACGUCCAAUUGAUCAACAAUUUUCAUUAGAUAUUUGUUUUAAACAUCAAUUUUUAACAAAUGAAAUAUUUAAUGAUAUUAAUAAUGAUGAUAUUGAAGAACUUUUUCAAGAUUUAUAUCGUAUAAUAAGAAAUGUUAUUGAAUUUUUUACUGUUGAAUCUGAAAUACUCGAUGAAAAUAAUCAUAAUUUAAUAAAUCAAGCACGAAAUAUUUCAUUAAAUUUAAUUGAAAUUAAUAUUCCAUUAAAAAAACGUAUUGAAACAUAUAAUGAUUGUUUACAAAUUAUAGAAUAUUUUCAACCAAUUAUAAGAUAUUGUCUACAACGAACUGAUUUAAUUGAUAUUAUGUGA